GGGGGGGGGGGGACCCUCAGCUGAGGAUUACAACUGAACCCCCGUAAAUAAACAUUCCGAUCCCCGGAUUUUAUAAUAAACAGCAACCAGGAAACUGCACAUGGCAACACUCAAAACCUCACUUCUAGCGGAGUCUAACGUUUAGGAUAAAGAUAACGAUCAAAGAAACUUUACCGACCAAAAGGAUAACCAAUUAUGACGUCCCCAUCCGAUUAAACCCUAGGCCAAAAUUUUAAAGGAAUCGAGAACAAGGACAUCCUUCUAGUUGUGGUCAUCUACGGGCGAUCCAUUGCCGACCCAAAUCAUACCCAAUUCCUAAUCUACGAUCCCGACCAUUGUGGAAAGACAUUCCAAAUACAGAUGAGCUGCUUUUGUAGCUAAUCGCAAUCAUGUCUUUUCUAUUCUCGAGGGCCAGAACUAGAACGAACACCAUUGACCUACCCAAGCAAGCUAGGGAACAUAUUCUCAAGCUUGACGCCCCUGGCAGAGCCGAAGAACUAGCCAAGGUUCUCAGUCAGAUGAAGCUUAUACUUCAAGGGACGCCAGAAGUAGAAAGUACCCCAGAGCAAGUAUACCAAUUAGUUACCGGCCUAAUAGAAGAAGAUCUCCUUCUCUUACUUGCCCAAUACCUCCACCGCCUCCCUUUCGAGUCCCGCAAAGACACACAAGUCAUAUUCUCCUACGUUUUCCGAUUCCGACCCCCCACAGCAUCACCGAAGACCGAUCCCGUCGCAUUGAGUUACGUAGUGAAUAACAAACCGCAAGUUCUGUUAGAAUUAUGCCGAGGUUAUGAUCACAAAGAGAGUGCGACGCCAGCCGGUACCGUACUUCGUGAAGUACUCAAGAGUGAGGCAGCCGCCGCUAUUAUAUUGUAUGAUGACGGUGAAGAGCCGGGAUCCAGUUUGAAGGGUGUGACUGCGAUCGACAGGGAGCGACCGCAGAGUGGCAAUGGUGUAUUUUGGCGAUUCUUCGACUGGAUCGACAAGAGCUCAUUCGAGGUCGCAGCCGAUGCUUUUACCACAUUCAGGGAACUCCUGACCAAACAUAAAGAGCUCGUGCCACGAUAUCUCUCGAUAAACUUCGAACUCUUCUUCGACAAAUACAACCACAUCCUAGUACAAUCGAACAGCUACGUAACAAAGCGUCAAUCUAUCAAGUUGCUCGGCGAAAUAUUACUCGACCGUUCCAACUACAACGUCAUGACCGCGUACGUAGACCGGGGCGAGCAUUUAAAGAUAUGUAUGAACCUACUACGGAGCGACCGCAAAAUGGUUCAGUACGAAGGCUUCCACGUCUUCAAGGUCUUCGUGGCCAACCCCCACAAGUCUAUUGCCGUGCAGAAGAUCCUGCUUAUGAACCGAGACAAGCUUUUGACCUUUUUGUCGCACUUCCUCGAGGACCGCACCGAUGACGAGCAGUUUAUUGACGAGCGCGAGUUUCUCAUCAAACAAAUCCGCAACAUGCCUCCCAACCCCGUCCCCCCGACCCGUCAGCUAUCCCAGGUGGUCUAGAAACCCACCCAGGGCUCCAGGUCCGGACAAGACGUAUAUGGUUAGUAGCUUUAACAGGAAUCGUAAUUCCGGGUUUAGCUAGAGGAGGCCGAGCAUUCAUAUCCAAGGCGAGCAAUAGACGUACGAAGCAGCCGUCAUGGCAGUCAUUAUGUGCAUGUAGUUAGGCGUUUAGGUCAUGACAGCACGAAGAGCUAACUUCGCAAUGGAAAUCUGAUUACGAUAA